AUGUGUACGACUUCGCAGAUGCGUGGUCAUCACGACCACUCCCACGACGAACACAAUCAUGAUCAUAACCACGACCAUGACCACGGUCAUCAUCACCAUCACGGCCUGCUCGGCCAUCACCAUCACCACGACAACGUUUACUUGACUUCUUCGAAUAAACAUGACGCAGGUGUGCGCAUCACUCGCAUCGGCCUGUACUCCAACCUAGGCAUGGCCAUCGCCAAGGGCGCCGGUGGUUACAUCUUCAACUCGCAGUCCAUGAUUGCCGACGCCUGGCACUCCCUUACUGAUUUGGCCUCCGAUAUCCUGACUCUCGCAACAGUCUCCUGGUCGCUGCGCCCGCCUACCAAAAACUUCCCGCUGGGCUUUGGCAAGGUUGAAAGUCUCGGCUCGCUGGGCGUCUCCUCCAUGCUGCUAUUCGGCGGCAUCUUCAUGUGCAUCAGCAGCUGCCAGUCAUUAUAUGCACACUGGUUCUUGGAUACCGAGGCGGCUGCGGCACUGUUGGAGCAUGCAAUGAAAGUUGCCCGCGAACGCAAAUCCUCCGUCCUCGCCUCGAAUGCCGUCCACCACCGCGUCGACUCCCUCACUGGCAUCGUCGCGCUCAUCGCCAUCCUAGGUGCCAACCUCAUCCACGACGCGACCUGGCUGGACCCCGUUGGCGGCCUGUUCAUUUCCCUGCUGGUCAUCCGCGCCGGUGUUGGCAACACCCUCUCCGCGCUGUACGAACUCGCCGACCGCUCGAUCGAUGAUGAGGUGCGCGAUUCGAUCGCAAAGCAAGUGGGCAAGGCCUUACUUAACCCGACCCCGGUGAAUAGUGGUGAGAAGAUGGCCUUCCAGGGUGAGCAGGUUGAGCUGAGGGAGAUCACCGGCGUCAAGUCGGGACAGAAUUAUUUGGUGGAUGUAGAGCUGGCCGUGCCGGCGCUGUGGACAGUCGAGGAAGUGCGUGCUGUGGAGCAGGCGGUGCGCGCACGGGUCGGGACCAAGGUUAGGGGAGUGAGAAAGUUGCGGGUAAGGUUUGUGCCGAAGGGGGUGGAGAGUUACGGGGGUAGAGAUGAGUUUAUUCCGGUUAGGGAUACGCCCGAGCCGGAGGGGGAGGGGAGUGAUGAUGAACAUCAUCAUCAUGAGCAUGUGCAUAAGAAGGGGAGUAAGGGGGAGUGA